AUGCCCCUUGAUCCUAUGGUAGUGGCGGUCGCGACCGGCCUCGGGAUUAUCCUGCUGGUUUCAAUUCCCGCCGUCUUCACUUUCACAUUGCAGCUCACAACCCGCCAGCCCAAGCAAGACACAUACGAAGACAAAGAUGGGAAGGCUACCCCAGAGUCCGUGGCAGCUUAUUCCGCCAAACUUCCCAAGAUCCUCAUUGUGCUCUUUGCUGCUCUUGCUUGCAGCACCGGCAUCGCCACGGCCGUGCUUGCUACUCUUCGCGUCGGCCAGGAUGGUCUCUUCCUUGAGAAUUGGCUAAGCGCAGGUGCUUCGAUCCUUCUACUAUUCCAGGCCGUUGCCAUAGCUUCGUGCAGGAAGACAGUCCAAGCCUAUAAUCUGGGCCUCUACUCGUUCCUCUCCUGCCUCAUAUCAGCAGUCAUCCUUCUUGUGCAGGGCACAUUGGUGUUCGAGCAGCUGUUGGCUCACUACCCGGUCCAUUUCGCGCUGCGGAUCGUGCAGAUUGUCGCAACUCUUGGUCUGGCGGCCGUCAGCCUGUGCAUUCCUCGAAGGCCCGAGGUCUUUGAUGAAGAUGGAAAGCCUAUUGACCGAAUGUACACGUCUACUGCUCUCAACCGCUUCACCUGGGGCUGGCCGUCCUAUCUGCUGAAGAUGGCCAGUAAGCGGAACCAGCUUGACCUCGACGACUUACCUAGACCCGAUCACUACACCCGGGCUGCCGAGUUGUCUGCUGAUUGGAAGAAGCGCGCCUCGAAACGACAACUCUGGCUAGCUAUCAUUCUUGCCCACAAGAUGGCUCUCGCCAAGCAGUGGCUUCUGACGCUCAUCACAUCCUUCCUCAACUUUGGACCUCAGUGGGUGAUUCUGCAGCUCCUCCGGAUCCUGGAGAGCAGGGGAAGCCAAGAGAAUUACUCGCUGAGUGUGUACAUGUGGGUGUUGUGGCUUGGAAUCGUAAUCAUCGCCCAGGCUUGGACUGAGAGCCACGUGUUCUGGCUCUCAUUUGCGGAGCUAGCUAUUCCUGUCCGGGGACAGGUCAGCGCCUUGAUAUUCGAGAAGAGCAUGCGUAAGAAGGACGUGAAAGGAAGUGGAAGAUCCAGCAACAAGAAAACAGCUGACGCCGUCGAGAGCCCCGAACCAGUCAUUGCAGGGACCGUUCCCGAAUCGACGGCCGCCGAUCGGCCGGAAAUCCCCGAAGUGGAGGAAGAUGAGGCCGAAGCGCUCAAGAAGAGCAAGCAGGCUGUGGUUAACCUAAUCGGCGUCGACGCCAAGCGCGUGUCAGACUUUAUGUCGUUCCAAAACCUGUUCCCGGGCAGUCUGUUCAAGCUCCUCGUCUCACUGGCCUUCCUCGUCUCAUUGCUUGGUUGGCAGGCUCUCCUUGCCGGAUUCUCGACUAUGCUGGCUAUAAUGCCUGUGAACAUAUACUUCUCGAAGCGUUAUGCCGCAGCUCAAGACCAACUGAUGAAGGUGCGUGACGAGAAGCUUGGCAUCGUCAAUGAAGCGCUCCAAGGCAUCCGACAGAUUAAGUUCUCCGCCCUCGAGUCGGAGUGGGAGAGGAAGAUCUCUGCCGUUCGAGAGAAGGAACUCAAAUCCGUAUGGGACGUGUUUGCAAAUGACACUGCCUUACUCGGCUGCUGGGUUACUAGCCCAAUUGCUCUAGCGGCUGCCUCUUUAGCCGUCUACGCCGCGUUGUAUGGCACCCUGCUACCUUCUGUGGCAUUUGUUAGUCUUGGUGUCUUUAGGGCUCUCGAGGUUACACUCUCCAUCAUCCCUGAGCUAACUACUGACGUUCUGGACGCCUGGACUUCUGUCAAACGUAUCGAGGAGUAUCUGAACUCGCCCGAGAUCGAAAAGACCGCAAAGGAAUCCGAUGAGGUCACUUUCGACGGAGCCUCCAUCGCAUGGCCAGCGGAUGAGAAAUUGGAUGACGACGAAAGGUUCGUACUCCGAGAUGUCACCGUGACAUUCCCGAAGGGCGAACUUAGUGUGAUCUCUGGCAAGACAGGGACCGGCAAGUCCCUGAUGCUCGCAUCAAUCCUUGGAGAGGUCGACAUCCUAUCUGGGAGUAUCUCGCUGCCCAAGCCACCCACUGUCGAGGACCGCAAGGACAGCAAAGCCACAAGGUCGAAUUGGAUUAUUCCCGAGGCGAUUGCCUAUGUUGCACAGAUCCCGUGGAUCGAGAAUGCUAGCAUCCGGGAUAAUAUUGAAUUCGGUUUGCCCCACGAUGAGGAGAGAUACCAGAAGACCAUCCAGGUCUGCGCUCUCAAGAAGGAUCUGGAAAUGCUUUCGGAUGGUGAGAGGACCGAAAUAGGUGCGAAUGGUAUCAAUCUCAGCGGUGGACAAAAAUGGCGCGUGACCCUCGCGAGGGCUAUUUACUCGAGAGCCGGAAUCCUUGUGUUCGACGAUAUCUUCUCGGCCGUCGAUGCUCAUGUCGGUCGCCACAUCUUUGAGGAAUGUCUUACGGGAGAAUUGGCAACCGGCCGAACUAGGAUACUCGUCACGCACCACGUCGCGCUUUGCCAGGACAAGACCAAGUACCUCGUUGAGCUGGGCGAUGGAAAGGUUUUGCACGCUGGCCUCUUGUCAGAACUCGAAAACGACGGUACGCUCGACCUUAUCAAGAGCCACGAGCAGACCGACGAGGAAAUUCGUGAGGACGAGAAUGCUACAGCGGUCAACUCGCACGAGCCAUCUGACGAGGAUUCGGAAGAGGACGAGGCGAACGGGAACACGUUGAAAAAGAUCCUGUCCAAGCAGGACAAUAAUCCUCGCAAGUUUGUCGAGGAUGAAAAGCGUGAGCAAGGCGCCAUCAAGACACAUGUUUACGGUGUUUAUCUAAAGGACUCUGGUGGUUUCUGGUUCUGGGGCAUGUGUGUUUCGAUCUUCCUCCUGAACCAGGCCCUGGCGUUGGGGCGGAGUUGGUGGCUCCGGAUUUGGACUGGCAGUUAUGAGGAAGAGUCUGUCAACGCAUUCCAUGUGAACGCAUCCAAGGAUCAUGGUUACGCAUAUGCUCUCUCACUGCAGCAGGCCGUCGACGUGCACCCUCACGCCCAUGUCCCAGCUUCCGCCCAGACUGCUGCUGGACACCAUGAGCUCAGCUUCUACCUGGGUAUUUACGUCGCGCUCGCAUUCUCCACAGCUGCUGUCGCUACUUUCAAGUUCUUCUACACUUACACAGGUUCCAUCCGGGCAUCACGGGAGCUCUUCGCCAAGCUCAACUUUGUCGUCUUACGCGCGCCGCUCCGCUGGCUAGACACUGUGCCAGUGGGUCGCAUCCUCAACCGCUUCACGGCCGAUUUCCACAUCAUCGACUCGCAGCUCGCCAACUCCAUAUCCUUCGGCGGCAGCUCAUUGCUCCAGCUUAUCGGAGUGAUCGUGGCCUCGCUUUUUGUGUCUCCUUAUCUUGUCCUGUUUGCGUUUGUGCUCCUGCUCGCCUGCCUGCGCUUUGCGCUGCUGUAUCUCGAUGGCGCAAGGCCCGUCAAAAGGCUGGAGAGCAAUGCGAAGUCCCCAGUGUUCGAGCAGUUUGGCUCAGCCCUCACCGGUGUGGCUACCAUCCGGGGCUUCGACAAAGCACAAAGUUAUGUCGAGAGGAUGUUCAAGAAGAUAGAUGACUACGAUACCGCCACUUGGUACCUGUGGCUGUUUAACAGGUGGAUGGGGUGGCGAAUGGCGCUUGUUGGUUCGAUGUUCGCAGUUAUUGUCUCGCUCCUGAUAUUGUUGACGCCGGGCAUCGACGCCGCUCUGGCUGGCUUUGCCUUGGCCUUUGCUCUGGAGUUCGCCAACUGCGUCGUCUGGACCAUCCGGCUGUAUGCAAACCUGGAAUUGAACAUGAACGCUGCAGAGAGAAUCGUCGAGUACACUGAGCUCCCGACCGAGACCCUCGAAGGGUCCAGCCCGCCCGCUGCUUGGCCUACCGGAGGCAGUAUUGAGGUCGACGACCUUGUGGUCGGAUACGCUCCGGACCUUCCUCCUGUUCUCAAGGGCCUGAGCUUCAGCGUCAAGACCAAUGAGCGGAUCGGUGUUGUCGGACGAACAGGUGCAGGCAAGAGUUCUCUGACUUUGGCGCUGUUCCGAUUCUUGGAGGCGAGGUCGGGGACUAUCCAUAUCGACGGGUUGGACAUUUCGAAGAUCAAGCUUCAUGAUCUACGGUCGCGGCUGGCCAUCAUCCCUCAGGACCCUGUUCUCUUCUCCGGCACCGUCCGCUCCAAUCUCGACCCCUUCAAGCAACACACCGACGCUGAGCUCUGCGACUCACUCGAGCGCGUGCACCUCAUCAGCGGCACGAGCGGCACCGCCACGCCCGUUGCGUCCUCGUCCACCGACACCUCAAGCAGCAAAGUCAACUCCAACGUCUUCAACGACCUCACCUCGCCCAUCUCUGAGGGCGGCCUGAACCUCUCGCAAGGCCAGCGCCAGCUGCUCUGCCUGGCGCGCGCCAUCGUCGCCCGUCCGCGCGUGAUGGUCCUCGACGAGGCGACAAGCGCGGUGGACAUGGCUACUGAUGCUCUGAUCCAGCGGUCCAUCCGGGAGGAGUUCACGGAUGCCACGCUCGUGGUCAUCGCGCACAGGCUGUCGACUAUCGCUGACUUCGACAGGAUCCUCGUGCUGGGCGACGGCCGCGUGGCCGAGUACGGCACGCCUCAGGAACUAUGGGAGCGGGACGGUGGAAGGGGUGUGUUCCGUGGCAUGUGUGAGGAGAGUGGAGAGAAGGACAGACUGAGGCGGAUUGUCUUUGGGCAAUAG